UCUGACAAUUUGUUUAUUUGGUGAUUUUCUGUUUACAUAUUUUAAAAAGAAUGUCGGUGUCAACGACCGUAGAACCUUACCUACCGAAUUCAAUACCUUUUGCUCAAUACAUUGAACAACUUGAAUACGUUUUUAUCAACAACAAUGUGCCUGAGCAGAAAUAUAAGACUUCCUUCUUAGCCGUUUGUGGUGUUACGGUUUUUUCUGAGAUCAAAAAGCUUUUUCCUGGUCAUGAUAUUAAAAAUUUGACUUACCAGCAAAUAACGGAAUCAUUGAAGAAAAGAUUCGAUAAAUGCGACUCUGAAGUGAUUCAUAGUUACAAAUUUUGGAGCAGGCGACAAGGAAAGUAUGAAAAAUCUGAAGAUUUUGUAAUCGCAGUAAAAGUUUUAGCCGAGCAAUGUGGUUUCGGUACAUUUAAGGAUAGAGCGAUUCGUGAUCUUUUAGUAAUAGGUGUUUAUAACCGAGAUAUCCAAAAGCGGUUAUGUGACGAAGAUGAUCUUACUGCUACCAGAGCAGAGAAACUAAUUUUAAAUCAUGAGAUUUCUAAUAAUAGAACGAGUGUCUUAAAAGAAGACGAAGAUCAUAACAUAUCAAUAGUUGCUCGUUUGGGCAGGAAAGAUAUUCGAUCUCGUUCAAAACAAAGAUAUAGGGAUAGAAGUAGAAGUCAUAAUCGAAGUGUAUCCUUUUCGCCUAGAAAUAAAAAGCACGGAUACGACAAUCAUAGAUACAACUCAGACAAACCGUCUUAUUUGUGUUCCUUCUGCAAAAGAAGAGGACACACACGAAAGUUUUGUUACAAAUUAUACUACAAAGGCAAAUAUCAGGAAGAGGUCAAGUUUUUGAGCCCUCCAAAGAAAAAUGGUAGUUCACUUGAACAUUUCAAAAGACCGGAACAUACCAAAGAAGAAGAUGAUGAUGAUGAUGAGGAUAUGUAUUGCAUGAUGAUUUCCUCGAUAAAUCUAAUAAACGAACCUUGUUAUGUUGAGGUAUUAAUAGAGAGAAAGAGUUUGGAAAUGGAAAUUGAUUGCGGGUCGGCAGAGACUGUUAUUUCUGAAGAACUAUAUUUAAAGACAUUUUCAUGGAUCAAGCUUUUACCUUGCAACAAGAAAUUAGCUGUGAUUGAUGGCAAUAGGUUGAAGGUUCUUGGGAGAUUAAGCGUAUCGGUACAAUUGAAAGGAAAAAAACAGCAGCUCUAUUUAAUAGUUCUUCGGUGUAACAAAAAUUUUGUACCACUGCUAGGUCGUACUUGGCUUGAUUGUUUCUAUGAAGGAUGGCGAAAUAUUUUUUCAAAGCAUGGUGUCCAGAAUGAGCAUAUUCACAAACUUGGUGUGCAGGAUGGUAUCGAGGAGUUGAAAAAUUUCGCUCGGUGGCAGAAUGAUAACAGCGCACAGGCGACAACUAAAGGUACCAAUUGAUUAUCGUCGAGGAUGCGAUGGCAGAUUUGUGGUGCAGGAAGGAAACUGUAUGAUUGGUUCCAGCAAGAGAAACAGAGAGGAUGACGUCGAAACCGAAGAAGAAAUUUCCGACCAAGAACAGGACUUUUACGGUUUCGCAGCUGAUUCUUUUAUUUUUGGAGAAGAUACUCCGUUCGAAGAUCAACUAGAUAAUAAACCAAACGCUCAACAGUUCAAAGCUAUCAGAAGAUCAGGGCGAGAAGUGAAGAAGAAAAGAAAAAUAGAUUUUUUGUAUUAUUAGCUAAUAUUUUGAAAAUGCUUGUUCAGGUUAUUAAGUAUUUGAAUAUGAUAUGUUGAAUUAUGUUUCAUUCUUGAAGAAUGGAGGAGUUGUUAUGUUAUACUAGUUCUCAAGAGAGAGUUUGACUCGCGAGAGAGAAAAGUGAAACUCAUGUCAGAAACGAAGUGAGGUCUGAGAUAAUAAACUCAUUAUUAGUUUGUACUCCAGUUUAA